AUGGUUGUUUGGCUGAUUUUUAACGGAUUUGUGCUUUUACUGUUAUUGCUGGUCAUGAUUGGAUGCAACACCUCAGGGCGAAAAACGAUGUUUAGAAAAGAAAAUCUCACAGAAGCUGAGCGAAGAAAACGUUUCACACCGGCGGAACGAGCACAAGAACAAAUUGUCAACGAACUCUCGGAGCACAGCAGAAACAAGAAAGAAAAUAGGGAAAAGAAUAACACCAACUCGAGCAAAAGUAAGAGUAAAGCCAGGAAGAGCGAGAUGGGGAAAAGCUCGAAUCGACGUGUGAAACGAGCCAACCAUGUAAAGAUGGCAAGUACCCGACCUUCGGAAAAGACACACCCUCGCCGUUCUCGUCUACAUGAUCUUCUAGAGGAACAUGCACAAGGAAAUAAAAGUACUCCUCGAAAUUACUCGGCCAAGAGCUCUAAAAAGUCAACAAAGACGUCUGAUCCUAACGAAGACAGAAGCGCUGAAAAGAAAUUCAUGAAAAGUGGAAUAGUGCGAAGGAAAAACGAUAAUGGGGCACGCGAUCACGAAUUUAUGAAAGAUCUCGCAACAAAAGAGUCUUCGAUGAAAUCUUUGAGUCGCGCAAUGAAGAAUAAGAAUCCUGAAAAAGAUGGAAUUUCGACGAAAGUGAAGGCUCGGAAAAAGAAUGAUAUUGGUGCUCAGCAUCGUGAACACAUGAUUGCGGCGUCGAUGAAAACGUUCAAGUCAAGCAAAAAAAAAGUCACGGUUCGCCGAAAAGACGAAAUUGGAGCCGUCGAUCGUAGUGUGAGCCGAAAA